AUGGAUUUCUCAUUUCCCUCGCACCAUUUCGACAGGGUCCAGAUUUCAGACCAAGACCCCAAGCCUGAUCUACUGUCACAACCAGAAGCACCAUCUCAGGGCACUAGUAAUCUCACGGCGACUACUAAUGGAUUCAGUGUAGCUGACUGGGCGAGAUGGAGAUCCCAGUCAGCUCCUCUGUCUCCUCGUCACUAUGAAGGUUACAGUCUUCCUCAUGUUGCUGAUGGUGAGACAUACGGCUUGGGCCCGUUGCCUCAGGAGCCCAUUGGGGAUCCAAAUGGGUAUCUCGAUUACCGCACAAAUGUCAACCCCGGCAUAGCUACCGCAACCUUUGAGGCAUUGGCUCCUCAGGUCGAUGAUGGCCACUCAGAUUGGCCACUUCUGCAAUCACCCCAUGCCUUCAAAGACCAGUCAUACAACUAUCCCCAGUUGGUACCUUUUCAGCCACCUCCAGACUCCCCGCCGUCGCCACUUUCUGAGGUCUCGUCCUACCACUCUCCGCAAUCCCUUGCUGCUUCGAGCCCGGGAAUGGCGAACCCAACAGGGGAUCGUCUUUCACCACGUUCAAGCACUGGUGACAAUAGAGAGGAGCGUCCUGGACAGCCUCCUUACUCUGUUCUCAUCUACCAGGCCUUGAAGGAAGCACCAGGCAACAAGCUUCAACUCCAGAGCAUUUAUGCCUGGUUUGAAGCAAAUACAGACAAGGGAGGGGACCCAAACGCAAAGGGGUGGCAGAACAGUAUUCGACAUAAUCUCUCAAUGAACGCGGGAUUCGAGGCAGUAAAGGAAGAAGUUGGUCCAGGCAAGAAGGCAGUGAACUUCUGGAGGCUGACUCCGGAGGCUAUCCACAGCGGCGGCAUCCAAUCAACUACUCGUUACCGCAAGCUUCAACACCAAAAGAAAGCCGUGGGCUCAGGCCACCGUGGACCCACACGUCAGUCCUCGGAGUCCAAGAGAGUCCCUGCCACGAAGGUUGUCAAAUCACGCAGCACGAACAGUCCCCAUAGCGAGCGCGCCGAAGCAUAUCAUCAUCAAGUACUAAACACCAACCUCAAUAUAGGACAUGAAUACGAUCCAAUGAGCUUUCCAGCCACCCAAAGACAUAUGCAAUACCCCAUGGGUCCUAUUGUCGGGUGCACCCCAUUACAAGACAACAAUACGGUCUUUGUCGAUACCAAUGGACCAGGGUCAGCAUUUGAUGUGGGCCAUGAUUGGUAUGCUCCAGGGUCGGGCUUCAACCGGGUCCAGGAUCCACUUGAUGGACCCGGUCGAUCAUCAUGGGAUUUGAAAAAAGAAAUUUAA